AGUGAGAGAAGAACCGCCUCCCGCACGCGAAGCGAAGGAGUUCGGCCGCCGCCAUCUUCCAUCUCCACAGACGCUCCUAUCAGCUCUUUUACACCCACUGCCACUCCCACUCGGUGCUAUUCGCUGUCGUCGUGCUUGCUGCCGUCUUCGCUAGCUGUGCUCUCCAGCACCCACCCGUCAACCCGGUCACCGUUAACGUCUGCGUCAUCGCCGCUUGCAAAUUCCCACCGAAACUCCAUCAUCUCCCAUAAAAGGAGAACCACGAUAACCACUAGCGCAGCAUCCCGCCGUACCACACCAUCAUCUCCCACCACAUACCCGACGAAAUUUCCAAAGGAUGGACAUCGACAAACUGAAAAACUACGUGGACGUGUACAAAAUCACGUCCAUGGUGAAUAAAGUCAAGAACGCCGUCUACAACUACACGGAGUUUGAGAUUAAAGUCAGGGAUGCGACUAAUAAUGAGCCUUGGGGUGCUAGUUCCACGCUGAUGCAGGAGAUUGCUGCUGGAACGCAUCAUUACACGCAUUUCAACGAGAUUAUGGACACCAUGUACAGUCGCUUUCAGGAAAAGACUGGAUCCGAGUGGAGGCAAAUUUACAAGUCCCUCCAACUCCUCGACUACCUGAUCAAGAACGGCGCCGAGCGGGUCAUCGACGCCGCGCGCGAACGCGUCUACGACCUCAAAGCCCUGCGCAACUUUCACUUUGUCGACGAAAAGGGCAAAGAUCAAGGCAUCAACAUCCGGCACCGCGCCAAAGAGAUCCUUGAAUUGCUGAACGACAACGAACGUAUCAAAUCCGAGCGGAAGAAGGCGAAGGAGAAUAAACAGAAAUACACGGGGAUGGCGUCCAACUCGUCGUACAGUUACGGGUCCGGUGGUGAGGGUGGGGGUGGGUCGGGUAGCCGCUAUGGCGGGUUUGGAUCGGACAGCUACGGCGGCUCCGGAGGCGGUGGUGGGCCGAGCUAUGGAGGUGGAGGGUACGGCCGCGAUGACGCGUAUGAUAGCCGCGGCGGGUUCCGAGACGAGGACGAGAGAGGCGAUUCGGGGAGGAACUCGGAUACCUCAAAGUACGAUGCGCCCGCCGCGCCUGCCCCCAUCGUCGCGGCACCCAAACCGGCCCCUGUGGUUGAUUUGCUGGAUAUGGGGAACAGCGAUUGGACUGCUGCACCCGCCCCCACAAACAAAAGCCCGGCAACCGCCACCGCCGCGGCCCUCGACGACGAUUUCGCAGACUUCCAAUCCGCUCCGAUCGUCAACUCCCAGAAACCCGCCGGUGCCGCGUUCAGCAGCACGAUUACAAACAACAACGUCCCGUCCCUUUCUGCCUUUCCCACCACCAACAACAACACACAACAACAACAGGGAUUCGCAGCCUUCCCUGCCCCCUCACAGGGUUUCGCCGCCUUCGGAACCGCCCCUACCCCUCAAAAACCGGCUCAAACGGGCCUAGACCUCCUCGGCGGCUUCGGCUCCUCCACCGCCACCCACCCCAAUUUCAACGCCUUCUCAUCCCUCUCCCCCACCACAAACCAAAACAACAACAACUUCCUCCCAACCCCCACGAAAAAUAACAGCAGCACCCCCAACACAUCAGGAGACCCCUUCUCAACCCUCGUCUCCCUAGACCCGAACGCCCUCUCCGGGGUUGGCAAACGCGCCGAGCAUACCGGGCCGAGCUUGAAUGCUAUUGGAAGGGAUAGUAACAGUAAUGUUUAUGCGCCGCCGACAGUGGGUGGGUUUGCCGCUUUUGGGGGGCCACAGGGGCAGGGACAGCAGGGGUUUUUUGGGCAGGGGCAGGGACAGCAGCAGCAGCAGCAGCAGCAGCAAGGGCAGGGGUAUAGUAACCAGGGGUUGUUGUUUUAGAUGGGUGGUGGUGGGAAGGUAUGGGGCUGUUGGCGAGGACAGGAAGUCACGGG